AUGUUACAAAAAUUCUUAAUUAUAGCUCGAGAAAUAUCCUAUAGACAUAAAAUUGUGAAACUUGCGGUUCUUGUUGAAUCAACAUAUGGACUAGGUGAAGCUUUAGUAUCGGAUCUUGCUACACCAGCUUAUUAUGAAAUAUUAAUUCAUAGCAACGAAAAUGGUGAAAUUCGUUUAAAAAUAAUUGAGAAAAAAGAAAUUAUUUAUGGACCAAAUAGAAAGGUACCAUCUGGCCUAUACGAAGGCAAGGUACGAAUAAUGGAGGACUCAAUGCAUUCUGAACGAGAACCUGGUGAAAUCUUAAUUUGUAUAGGGACUGAUUCAGCAUGGGCAUCACCUUUUCCGCUUGUUGGCGCUCUAGUAUUAGAAAUGGGUGGAAUGCUUCAAUAUGAUGCUAUAGUUUCAAGAGAAUACGGUUUACCAGCUGUUGUUGGUGUUGCUAAUGCUAAGAAACUAUUUCAAAAUAGUCAUUUAAUCCAUGUAAAUGGAUCUAUUGGACACAUUCAGAUUCUACCUGAUUAG